AGCUGUCCUGCCCUAAACAACACACCCGCCGAGCUGAGAGAAAAACGAACAGGCUGUGCCCAAUCCACAACCCAGCAGCAAUUCCUGAGGGGCUGAGACGGGACAGCAGCAGAAGGAGGGAGGCUGUGUUUGUAUUCAUAACCCAGGAAAGCCACGGGUUUGAUAUUGCUGAGCAGCACAGAGACCGGAUGUGAAGAGAAUGGGGACAGAGGAAGAUUACAACUUUGUGUUUAAAGUGGUGCUGAUCGGCGAGUCCGGGGUGGGGAAGAGUAACCUGCUGUCGCGCUUCACCAAGAAUGAGUUCAACCAUGACAGCCGCACCACCAUCGGCGUGGAGUUCAGCACCCGGACCAUGCUGGUGGACGGGAUGACCAUCAAGGCGCAGAUCUGGGACACGGCCGGGCUGGAGCGGUACCGGGCCAUCACCUCCGCGUAUUACCGCGGGGCGGUGGGCGCGCUGCUCGUCUAUGACAUCGCCAAGCACAUGACCUACGAGAACGUGGAGCGCUGGCUCAAGGAGCUGUACGAUCACGCUGACCCGCACAUCGUGGUCAUGCUGGUGGGGAACAAGAGCGACCUGGCGGAGCUGCGGGCAGUGCCAACCGAGGAGGCGCAGAGCUUCUCAGAAAAGAAUAAAUUACUUUUCAUCGAGACAUCAGCCUUGGAAUCAACGAAUGUGGAGACGGCAUUUCACAACGUACUCGCAGAAAUCUACAAGAAGGUUGCCAGUAAGCAGGUAACUCGGGGCUCCAUCAGCGCCGUGUCUCUGUCCAACCAGAGCUCCUCUCCCACCACGGACCAGGCAGAUGGGAAGAAACCGUGCUGCACUAACGCGUGAAGAGCAGGGAGCUGGGAGGGGUGCCAUUCCACCGGAGGAGCUGAGAAGCAAACCCCAGGCUUCACCAAGAGCCGGCAAGAGGGAGGCCUUUAAAACAUACUGCUCAUUAGCAACCGUGCAGCUUGUCCUCUUUGAAUGUUUUUAUAUACAGCAAUACACAUAUAGACUGGCAGUCACGGGUAUGCUGUCAUCAGCCUUGAAGCACAAUGACUGCCAUAUUUAUCACCUCUUUUAUCUCACAUCCUUUAUAAAAGUUCCCCAUAGGAAAAGCAUAGAAAAGUGUAUUAAAGCACAGUGAAAUCAUUGCAAAGCACAGGGAAGCAUUGUAAAGCCCAGAGGGGUAUGGUAAAGCAUAGGGAAGGAUUGUAAAGCACAGAGGGAUAUGGUAAAGCAUAGGGAAGCAUUGUAAAGCACAGAGAGGUAUGGUAAAGCAUAGGGGAGCACUGUAAAGUACAGAGAGGUCUGGUAAAGCAUAGGGAAGCAUUGUAAAGCACAGAGAGGUCUGGUAAAGCAUAGGGAAGCAUUGUAAAGCACAGAGAGGUCUGGUAAAGCAUAGGGAAGCAUUGUAAAGCACAGAGAGGUCUGGUAAAGCAUAGGGAGGCAUUGUAGAGUUAUGUCAAAUGCAUAUGGUCACCAUGGGGAAAAUGGGAAACUUUUAUAAAGGUUACUAAAUCUGUUGGUAUCUGAAUACCUUAUCACCUCCUCUUUAAAUAUAGCUAAUGAUCAAGCCAUCCCACAUGUGCUACCCCAAAAUCAGAAUUUAGAAUGACUAGGAGCUUUUAUCAUCCACGUUUACACAGGCCCCGUCCUCACUAACUAUCUCAAGCCCUGAAUAGAUCAUCAUCUCCUCUUUAAAUAUAUACUCAAGGUUUUAAAAAGCAAUCUGUCUCACAGGUGCUGUGGUUCCCCAAAUAUGAUCCACUUGCUACCAAUGCAGAAUGACUGUGUGGGACAAGUGUUAUUCAUUUUACCCCAAAACAUGUUUCUGCAAUGGUGAUUGCCAAGAUAUACCAGUCUGUAGGCUGGUGACACCAUCUUUCUGACCGUCAGUGUAUAUAUAUGAAGAAAUAUGCUUCAUGUUUCCUGGUUCUUAGUCACUUCCUGUGUUGUGGUCUAAUCAUUGGCCAGAUAAGACAGGAAGUGAUGGGAUAGCAGGAAGCCAAAGCAAACUGAAAACAUUCAAAGAAAAGGACACAGGCAGAGAGAGGCUGGUGAUAACGUUACUGAUAAGAAGAUGGAUUUGAAAGCCUUGCUUGGCUUCUAUUUAAAGGCUUGCUAACCAAGGCUUCCAAAACGUUACAGGUAGCAACAUUAUAGCUGAUCCCAUUUGUCAUUUUGUAGAUUUCUCAGAUACAACUUAGAAAGUAUAAAAUCUCAGCCGUACCCCCCUCACUUCCUGUGCUGUAGGUCAGCUCCAUGUUGCAGUCAGGCUAACAUCUGAUCAGUGAUCAGGUGCCAGGAAAUGCAUAUUGUGUUGGUUUAAAACUCUGCUUUUCCUAAAUAACAUACAAAUAUGUGCAGCAAAAGGGUAAGGGGCCCAGCAAUACUGUCGCUUGUCAUUCUUUAUAGAUAUCUUUGUGUGAUACGUUUCAGAUUGUAUUCAGGGUAACUUCAAACGUCAUCUUUGUUUUUUUAUAACGUUCCCUUAUUAAAGUGUCCCACAGCAAAGUGUCAUAAAGCAUAGGUAAGCAUUGUAAAGCCCAGAGGUAUGUUAAAAAAUAUUAUGGUAAAUGCGUAGUAUAUGAGAGAGCUGCUAAACGACUGUGCAGUUUUACUGAGGUAAAACUUUAUAAGGGUUGCAUCAAUUAUGAGUUCAUAUAAUUUUAACUCGAUAUAGAAACACUGAGAAUGAUUGCAAACACCAUACAUCAUGGAAAUCUGAACAAACCACGAGGGGAUGCUCCUUACCCUUUAUGUGACAGAUAUGGCUUUAAAAACACAUGUGCAUAUUUAAGAUGCCAAUAUUAAAAGUAACAUGGUCUUGAACAAUGGUGAUCCCCUGUUUGAAUUUCAGUUUUGCCUCCUGGGCUACAAUAGAUGUGAUUGAGGAGCCCUGCGUGUCCUUGUGUUUCUUCACACACCCUUUACUGUUUUACAGUGUUUGUAAUCAUUCUGGGUGCUUCUGUUGCUCCACUGUUGAGUUCAUUUUUAUCUAAAUCUGUCUUCACGUGGCUCUGAGCUGCUUUCAGCUUGUCUGGAGAAUCCUAACAGCCAGGACUGGCCGUCCUCGUGCCAUUCACUUCCUGUGAAAUCCUUCGCAUUCUCCCGACGAGCUCAAAGCAGCUGAAAGCCAGCUGAAGGCAGGCUUAGAGAAACAUGAUGGAUUUGUAUGUAGGAGAGCAGGUUUCAAAAGGGGGAGCUUGGGUCCCUGCACCUUUAAGGGGAAUGUAAACGAACUGGACUGGUUGCUUUCUUGGUGAUGAUGUAAUGCGUACCAAAAGCUGAACCCAGAAGGAAUCUGGGUGAAGACAUUGUGCCAUUGAUUAUUGUGGGACUGCAGCUGUAAUUAUUGUGGUUUACUGCAGCUUUGACUAAACCUGCCUGAGCUUGUGAUUGCUCUGGAUUGACAAAUAAAGAAUGGCUAUGUUUUA